AUGGUAGAGAUGUUGCGACGGGAGGGUAUUCAUGGGUGGAGAUGGCGGAGGCAGUUGUUUGCGUGGGAGGAGGAAUUAGUGGAGCAAUGUAGGAUUUUAUUGGCUAACGUUCAUUUGCAAGUUAAUGUAUCUGAUAAGUGGUCAUGGAACAAUACACAAGGAGUAUCAUAUUCGUUAAAAGAGGCAUAUUAUGUACUACAGAAGGAGUUUUUUGCUAGUAUUAACACACCUCUAUUUCAAGACCUAGUGUGGCAUCCUUUUGUCCAAGCAAAAGUAUCAUUAUUUAUGUGGAGGUUGUUUCAAGAUAAGUUGCCUACAAAGGAAAAUUUGUUUCGUCGAGGAAUCAUUUCUGUUGAAGAUCAACAAUGUCUAGCAGGUUGUGGGGAAGUUGAAAUAGUCAGUCAUUUGUUCUUUGUGUGCCCUCUUUUUGGAUCCGUGUGGUAUGGUGUUUUGAAUUGGUUUGCACUAUUUGGUGUAUUUCAUAAGGAUGCAAUCAACCACGCUAACCAAUUUGAUGGCCUUUUCUUAUGUGGACGUGUAACGCGUCAAGUAAUUAAUUUAAUUUGGUUUGCGGUGAUGUGGGCAAUUUGGAAAUUAAGAAAUGAGGCGAUUUUUCGUUCACAUGUUUUGAAUGCAAAUCUUAUUAUUGAGCAUGUCAAACUUUUAGCAUGGAGAUGGAUCAGAUUGCAUGUAAAAGAAUUUUGUUAUGGGUAUAACCAAUGGUGCUCUCAGCCCUUAUAG